GAGUGUCAGUAUUUUUGGAUCGCUCCGAUAAUUCGGUUCUGCACGGUUCUCCACGUGAAACCGGACUUCCUACUUCAUCCUUGGUAGUUAGUUAUCAGAACUCUUAGGAGUGCGAGAUUUUUCCCGAUAUCCGAGAGUUGUUGUCCGCGCGGUCGCGAUUCCAAUAUCCGAGUGAUCUAUCUGCUAGGUACUGUACAGUGUGUGGAAUCUUCCAUUGUGAAUUGUUGUUGCGUAGUGGUUUGGAGAUUUCGCGCGUCGCGGCUUUUUUUCGGGACCUAAUUUCGGAUUCGCGAGUUGUGUAAAUUUUUCUCGUCUCGCGAGUUCGCGUCUUGUGGGUGGGAGGGAGUGAGCAAAUCGGGCGGGAAGGUUGCGAUAAGAAAAGACGACUGUGACGUUAGUUUUCAGCCGGAGAAUCUGCCUGCGAUCGUGUGUGAGUUGCUCAUAUGGGUUGAGUCCGUAGUAUUACACGGUCUCUGGGGGUGUUCUUAUACUGGUUCAUUAUCACCCUCGCAUCGCCGUAUGUGCGCUACUGUGUGUUGUGUGGCGGAGUGUAUUCAGAUUACCAAUCAAACCACGAAGAAAGUUGUUGACUUCACUCCACCUCUACCAUACACACCGUAAUCAGCUCCUACUUGAUGCAACAUUUUUAUCAGAACCAAUAUCCAGUUCGACUAUAAGAGCUUACACUAGCGCGUCUACCAGUCUGGAAUGUGGAUGUGAAACGAAUGCUCAUCAUUUACAAGUCGUACGGCGGCGCAGGUUGAGGAAGUCGAAACGAAGUGCGAUUAAAAUAACCCUGCAGUAGUAGUGUUGUACUAUAGAAGAAGAGUGUGCCGACACAAGCCAUCAGAUAGAACCAAAAGUAGCUAGCUAGAGUGAAACGCAAUCUUUACCGCUCCAGCUCCCGAUCCCGAGCAGAAAAGUAUGGCAGAAGUAUAAAAUAUCAUGGUGUCAAAGUUAAAUACUAGUAUACUACAGUGUGUUCUUCAUAAAGAGGAAAAAUUCCAAAAAUAAAUUCCAUAAAUUUAUAUGAAUAACACUUGCCUAGUACUUUAAUAUGUAUUGAGUGCAUAACAAACUAUUAUGAAACGUUUCCAAGAGUAUCAAUCAAUAGCAAUGCAUGUUAUUGAAAUUCUGUCAUGAUAGCAUAAUAUGUUAUUUAGCAGGUCUUCUAAUAACAAAUCAAAAUCAAGUCGCUUAUUCUGGUAUGUGAUUGUUAUAGGCUUGCUGUUUUCUCCUGAUCGGGAUGGCGGUCAGCUCAACAGAAGCUUCGGCUUGAAGGUGUUCCAGAGUAGACGAUGGAAGUGACGGAGGUGUAAAAACAUGCAAAAAUAAAUCCAGAACAAGUGCAAUCUAAAUGUCGAGUCCAUUGUCUGCUAGGUGCAGGUCCAAUACGAUUGCAACUGGAUAGGUACGAUACGGUCGGUGUUGCGGUUCAUAGUGCGAAUUCGAAUUUGUGAAUACCUUCUCUAAGAGCUGUUGUGGUUUGUAGCGGAAGUAAAAUAAAGAACCAACGUGGUGUAAAGCUGUCCGCAGUGAAGUCCGUCCAUUAGUCACGGGAAGAAGGAAUUCGUGGAAUCGUGACUUCAGAGGGGUUUUUGAUGAAUACUUCUCAACGAAACAAGUGUUUGCCAAUCUUCCCGAUUUUGGGGGAAACUGGAAUGCACCCCUAAUUCAAGUGCGCGGAAAAGAUAAUCAAAGAAGCGUGCCGAUCGGUGAAGAAGAUGUUAACAGCAAGUGGCAGAAGGAGUGAAUGAAAAAUUCCAGUUUUCAGCUUCAUCCAGCCACUUGGAAGCGCGGGAGUGAAAAAGUUUAUGACUUCCUAAUUUGCACCAUCCAUCUGCGGCACCAGCUAUAUCGAUUGAGCUAGGAGUCAGCCAUAGCAACAAGGAAAAAAAUCAGAAGAACAUGGACGACUUCUUCGGCAGACGCCACAUCCAUCCGCCAAACAGGAUGGGAAAACUUUCGCCCUCGUCUUUUAUAAUCUCAUCAGCGUAAUCGAGAAGUUGAAAACUGCACAUUGUUCGGAUGCUCAUCUACGCUAACGAAUUUUCUUUGGGAGCAUGUGUUGUGCGGGGAUCCUGAAUACGUGAAAAGCGUUCCUAGUCAUCUGAUCGAAUGAAUCAGGAUGAAAUUUGUUCAUCAUUGUGUGUAAAUUGAAGAAACCUUUGCGACGUCGAGUAUAUGUUGCGUGCGUAGGUGGCUUCGUAAAGGCGAAAGAAUUUACCCAAGCUCUUGUUAUACUCAAUAUCCGUCAGUUCCAGCAGAAGAAAAUUAAUCGAAAAUGCGUCAGCGUUAAAAUGUGAAGGUCUCGAGUGUCGUCGCAAGAAAGUGAUUAAAUUAAACCGUCGAGUGUGAAAUUCGUCAGCGUUCCUCGGCCGCUUCUUGAAUGUGGCUCAAUGGUUUGUGCUGCGGAGGACUCUGCGGCGUCGGAGAGGUCCUAAAAGGCGGCGGCCAGCAGCACCCAUACGACGACCGGCAGGACCAGGAAGAGCUCAAUCCCUCCUCAGAUUGUGGCACCGGAAACGAAUCUAAAGCGACCCUCAAGGCACGGCCUCAUGUCGUUAUGGGGUGCACCCCGAGUAUCCUUUCCAGUAAUAAUCAACAGCAACAGCAGCAACAUCAACGGAAGGACAGCUCGAGUUUGUACGGGGGGAACCUGUCGAAUGCCGGGUCCGGGACCUUGGCGGACAAUAAUGGUGCCGGCAGUAAUAAGUUUGCGAACAACGCCGCAUUGAAUCAGGCUCAAAUGCUUGGUUACGGUCCGGGUGGGAAGGAAGGCAUCGCGGGCGCUGGAACCGGAGCAGGAGAAAAGGAAUACCCUAAAAAGGAUUCGAUUGUGUCAAUUUCCGGCUUAGGACAUGUAUCAGUCGUGUCAAAUGUUCUAAGGAGGCCAACUAUAGGAAGUGGAACAUCGAGCAGCUCGGGGAGAUAUGGUCAUCGACAAUCGUCACUAGCUUUAACACCGGAGGAAGAACCACUCGACUCAUAUCCCAGAUUAAUAUCGGAUUUAAAAUUUCCCAACCUGUUGCCGCCCAACCCACCGAUAAAGAUUUUAAUAGCAUUCUGCAAAAAUGAUCCCGUGUUCGAAGCGUUGGUCACCGCCAGCCACCGGCUCAACUUUGAACCCACCUUCGUCAAGUCGGCGGAAACGGCCAUCGAAGCGUUCCAGAACGCGGCCACCGGAGGGCAUCACAUCAUCGUGGUGGACGCACGGUAUCCCCGUAUCAUCGAGGCGGACGUUCUCGGGAGGUCAAUCCGAAACUCGAAAGGUAGUCAACAUACAACAAUGGUAGCAGUAGUUAAGAAAAAUUUAUUCGAGAAGGACGAUACGGCUGUGAUUUCGCUGUUGGAUGUUGGCUUUAACAGGUGCAUUAUCGAGUCGCCGCAUGUGUCCAUCUGCUCGUCAGAACUACGACAGAUACAGCACUCGCUGGUCCGGCCACAGAAUGUGAUAUCAACUCAACAGGCUCUAUACACGGCACUGCACCGGUCGCGUGAGGCUGUCAUCAUAACGGACGAUUCAUUGCGAGCACAAUAUGCCAACCGGGCGAGCGAAAAGGUUUUGAAUAUGAAAUUGGAUGAAAUCGUAGGCAGAUCUCUCAACGACUUGGUGACGGCUGAUAUUAGCAACAUUUUAUCUCACACCACUAGACAUAAGGACUACGAAGGUUUCAUCAGCACCCGGCGAAAAUCACAAGAAACCCUUCACAUUCACGUUCGAGCCGUACCUGUGUCCUGCAUUGGAAGAAACCCCACACAUCUAGUUUUAAUUUUGGAGCAAACAAGCGGUACCACCUUAUCAGCCCUCGCCAGUGACGCCUUACAAGCUCUACCGCAUGGCAAAGAGGUGGCCCGUGGAUCGUUACACUCCAUCCGGCGCGGUAGCUUUGAUGUGCGUUCCACAGCAUCGGACGGAUUGCGGCGUACCAGUUUAGCAAAGUUGUCCCAGCUUCCGCUGGAGGCCCCCAUCACCAAGGUCCUAAGCUUGCUGGCUCAGGUUCAGGAAAACUGCUCCGCGGAUGAAUCCAAAUUGCUGGACAGGGUGAUGGAGUUUCUCAAACGGGAGGGACUUUACAGUCCUCAAAUGAAGGAAAUCCGAACCGAAGACCCAGUGGCGACGGAUCUGAUAGGAGCUUUGCUCACGCAAGGUCCUACCAACAUUCUUUCAUCGCGCCGAAGUUCGAAUGAUUCCAUCAUCCGGGGUGGUGGUCGACCCUCCACCGGUAGCAUCGUGUUCAACAAAACCCGAGAAUCUUCACAACUAUCCGAGCUGCUCAACAGUGCACUCAGCUGGGACUUUGAAAUAUUUAAGCUGGAAGAGCUUACGGAGAAGCGUCCCCUGGUGUGUUUGGGUUUGGAGCUGUUCCGGAGGUUCGAUGUGUACAACACCUUUUGCUGCGAUGAGGUGACAUUCAAGCUGUGGCUAAUCGAGAUAGAGAAGAAGUACCACUCGGACAAUACAUAUCACAACAGUACUCAUGCGGCGGAUGUAAUGCAGGCUACGGCUUGCUACCUGCAGCAGCUAUCGAACCGUGAAACGAAAGUGAUGGACCGGAUGGACGAGGCCACCGCCCUGAUUGCCGCAGCUACCCAUGACAUUGACCACCCUGGCCGUUCUUCGGCCUUCCUGUGCAACUCGGACGACAGGCUCGCACUGCUGUACAAUGAUAUCUGUGUGCUGGAAUCGCACCACGCUGCCACUACCUUCCGGUUGACGAUGGCUGACGAUAAGAUCAACAUUUUCAAACACCUGGAUCGUGAAUCGUACAAGCUGGCUCGGUCGAUCAUCGUCGACAUGAUCCUGGCCACGGAGAUGACCCGUCAUUUUGAACAUUUGGCCAAGUUUGUCAGUGUGUUCGGUACAGAUGUGGAUAGCAAGGAAACCACUCACGACAAUGACGAUAACCAGAUCCUGAUAAGAAGAAUGUUGAUCAAGUGCGCCGACGUGAGCAAUCCCACGCGACCGCUCAAGUUCUGCGUUGAAUGGGCCCGACGAAUAGCUGAGGAAUACUUCACCCAGACGGACGAGGAAAAGCACAGGAAUCUACCGAUCGUGAUGCCAAUGUUCGAUCGGACAACAUGCAGCAUAUCCAAGAGUCAGAUCGGUUUUAUCGAAUAUAUCAUUCACGAUAUGAUGGAUGCGUGGAAUAGUUUUAUCGAAAUGCCGGAAAUUGUCCGUUACAUGGAGCACAACUACUCAAAGUGGAAACUGUUCGAGGAGCAAGGCAUCAACACGCUGAGCGACAUCAAGCGGAAGCAGCUCACGCUCAACAGCGAGACGACCGGUUCGUCUUCGAUAGAGGAGCUGUAGUAAGACCGCCCCCACAUAUCUCCCUCCUGUUCGAUUGGCAAACCUUCUCACUCCAGUUUUAAGUCACGGCAUGUUUGAGGAUGAAGAGGAGGAGGAGGAGGAGCACAAUAAGUACGCGUAGCCGGGUGGAUGCAAAUAUAAUAUAUUUGGUAGGCACUUUUGGACGAGUCCGAGUUUCAAUCGUCCGUUGUACGUAUGAUGGCUCGGUUGUCGUUUUAGUCUCAUUUUGUAUUAUCAAUAAAUAGUUGUUGAUCAGUGGAUGCUGUUUUAUGGUAGAAAAUUAAAACAUGUCUUAUGAUGGUAUACUAAUAGGAA